AUGCCUUCUUCCGCUCCUUCCGAAGGAGUCAUCGAUAGUGUAACCAACUUCCCUUGGUGGACGUUAAUAUUGGUUUUCGGCAUUACCAAAUUCAUAACUGGACCGACAGGCCACCUGGCCCUUCGACGAGUGGCUCAGAUGUUGGGUGGCCACGAUGCUCAGACUCCCGUCGAGCGUUUCCAUGAUGGCGAAAUUAAUGGCGAAGAGUUGAAGAUGGUUAUUGCUGUGCGGAUGGAUUUGCAAAUGGGGAAGGGGAAGAUAGCAGCACAGUGUUGUCACGCCGCAGUAAGAAGCUACCAGAAGCUCUGCACACCAACAAGUGAUGCCUAUUGGACCCGCGUGAAGGAAGCAUGGGAAAAUGGUGGUCAGAGGAAGGUUGUUGUGAAGGUACCGAAUGAAGAAGUCCUGAAUGAGGUGGUGGCUGCUGGUCGGGAGGCUGGCCUUCUGGUCAGCACUAUACGUGAUGCCGGUCGGACGCAGAUCGCUGCUGGGUCGAAGACUGUUGCAGCAUUUGGUCCGGGGCCUGAGAGUGCUAUUGAUAACGUUACGGGACAACUGAAACUGCUAUAG